AUGAAUCCUCUGAACAAUGGCCAUAUUAUUGAUGACUUCAAUUACGAGCAAGACGAUAUAUACGUCGGCUCCAGUGUCAUUUGGCGUGCCGUCCGUUACGCUGCACCUCCCGUCCAGACACUGGAGGGCCAUUUGGCUCCAGCCCCGACCCUCGACAUGUCUUUUACUCAUAGCCAAAAUCCAUUCUUCGCUCCGGUGUCUCCGUCCAGUAUCGGCAGUACAGGGGCGCCAGCCCAGUUAUCCGGCCAUGAGACAGGAACCAACUACAACUUUGAGGCACUUGACUUGACUGACGGCAACUUGGUUCCACCGGAAGUUCCGCUGUUACAGGGUGAUUGGGCUGGCCAAUGGCCAACUAUCGGAUCUCUCGAUGCAGUGCCCGUGCAACUGCCGUCAGAGCCGCAAGACGCUGUCCACAGUCCGCUUGCGAAGGUAAAUCAACUUAGGAACGAUCUUCAAUUGUGGGACUCAUUAGUACUGCAAGCCUUGCCUGAACUCGAUUAUUCUCAGCUGAUCGACCUGAGAAGUUUCGUUAAAGCUACCUUCUGCAAGCUGGACACAUCAAUACAGGAGAGACUUGACCUAGGUGCUCCCAAUAUACCUUCUCCGCGAGAUAGGUACCUUUGCAAGCUCUGCAGUCAAGGCAAUCGGAAGGUGUACGGAACUCGUGGAACCUUCCGGCGGCAUGUGAGUCUUACUCAUCAAGCGGAGCACAAGUACUAUUGUCCUGCAUGUUCCUUCAGUACACCUAGAAGGGACAAGUUCCGUGGCCAUUUGCAAGUCAAACACGGUUCUUUUGCCCUUACUCUACUGAAUAAGGGCUGCCUCGACAACCUAGCCCGACCAUGCCCACCUCCCAAAACUUGUGGACUUUGUCCAAAGCAAGUGAACACAUGGAAGAGAUAUUUCGAGUGCAUCGUGAAGCACUGCCGCCUACCUGGCGGAAGUUCUGCAUACACCAGUGCAAGCCAGAGCAGACGAGGCAGCGGCAACACUGGCGGAGACGGGACAGACUUUGGCGGCCAGCAGGGGUUUGGCCCCAGCGGUAAUGAUGGAUCAGGUUUCCCCCCGUCGUCUUCAGUUGAAGGAGACAACAUGGGUGGAGGCGACUAUGACUUCAACAAUAUUGGCCAGCAAUUCAGUUUCCAUGCUGCCAGUCUUUCUCAACACAAUACACAAGCCAGUCUUGCUGUUGAUACUAUUGACGAAGCCGAGCAAAGCCCCCCGUUCGUAACCAACGCUCAUGCUCGUACUCGUCCCAACUCAGUACUGAACAAAGACGGCCCCGAGCACCUAUCACCCGUCCAUAGUCCAACAAGCUUACAAGACUAUCACCGCACCCUGAAUUCGACUCUAAAAGAAGGCUCACCAACCUCUACCAAGAGGAAUCAUAGUCUGGACAGCUUCAAGCAAUUGUCUGCCGCCCGAAAUGCACCACAUUCAUCGAAUAGUUCUGGACGAAGUCGCAUCUCAAAUGCACGACCAAGUCCAACUGAUGAAAAUCCUCGAAAGAACCAAUUUCGAAAUCUUGAGAAGUCUUGCCAGACAAAGUGCAGGACCUGCGGUCAUACCAUGCAGAGUUGCACUCAUUGUACAGCCUCCGAUGGAGCUGAGCGAAAAUGCCACCUUUGCGCAGGCAAGGCUCGCCAGCGAAGUAACCAGUCACGCCCCUGGCAUCAGGAAACAUAUCCCGAUCAUGCAUAUAUUCCUAGGAAAUCUUUAUCACCACCCUGGAAGCUUGGUCGAGAGUUGGACUUGACUUCACAAGUCUUUGAGCAUGAGCUAUUUUUGCAAGAGUCAAGGAAAGAGCUCGUAACAUGCACAAAGACCAUCAUUCCUGCCGUUCAUCCGACCUCUAUUAUUUUUCCUUACGCUGUUUCCCAGAGGACGAAGCCAUUGUUGGUCCUUCACAAUAACUUACAAAGCGACUGCAUGGGUAUCCUUACUGCCAAGCUUGAGAGUUAUGGCAACCGGCCAUUCCUGCCGUGCAGUCAAGGCAGUCAUGCACUUGGUCGUCCUGGCACUUAUAACACAAGGACAUCCCGGGGCUUGCUAAAUGGACAUGAUGUCCUUACCCGUUCCGCAAUACUCAUGUCGGAGAUGGCUACCCAGCCUUGCAUAACACUGACUGAGAAACCGGCCACUCUUUCGAUAGCUUCCGCUCCGCAUGCCCUUGACCUUUCGGCAUGGGAUAAUGUCCCCGACAGUGUGGCCAUAGCGCGGAAGCAGUUACCUCUAUGCAGCACAGAGGUCCAAAUGCAGCUCCUGGACGACGCGCUUGAUUCGGCAAGUCCAGACCUUACAGAUACAACAGUAAUAUUGCGAAGGAGGUCACACAUGCUUCAGACGAGGCUCCGUGUUAUUGUUAAGCUGCUCAAACUCAAAACGACGGUUGCGAAUGUCAUUGAGCUUGAAGCACCAAAAGCACAUAAACUCCGAUCAUCUGAAAUUACCCCAGACUAUCCUGGCCUCAUUGAAUUCACAGUCGAUCUUCCUAUCCGCGACGAGACUCUCUCACUUUCUCAACUAUGGAGUAUAGUGAUUAGCAACGCGGGGAUGAUUGUUGGAGGCUUCGCUUCCACGGCACUCGAUACCCCCAAUUUAAAUGAUGGGAGGGAUGAUCUUCAAUUACUUUUCAUGAUGCUCAUCCACAUUCUGAUGAAGUUCGCUGAAGCCCCGAUCCGUCCAGUCAAUACAAUGUUGGUUGAAUGA